AUGCUCCCCAGAUCUCAGGCAUCCAAGGCCUGCUGGUCAUGCUCUCGUGACCUAUUGCAAUCCGUCGUCCGGAGCUCGUCGCGAGCUGCUUCCCGCCAGCUCCUCUAUCAUGAGUCCGGGAGACUGACAGCAACAUCCCCAGGCUCGCAACGAAGAUUGUCUUUCGCCGCCUUUCCCUCGAUCGACGCGAAAAGAUUGGACCGGAAAGAGACCGGACGAUGGUCUACAUUCAGGAGGCUUUCGUCGACUAUCGCGCCGUCAGGGGAGGAAUUGGCGAAGAGGAGAGAGGAAGUAUACUCGCUGAUUGACAGCAUCAAUCAGAAUGCAGACGAAGUGGCAGAACUUCUGGAUGAACUUUACCUCCUGGAUGACUUCGAACAUAUCCUGGACGUCGACGAUUGGGACUUGGACGAUGUCUUCAGCGGGGUAAUUGGACAUCGGAAUCACCAAGCCCUGGAGGCAAAGGUCCGACUGGUCAGGCAGCGGUUCGGAGAGACUUUACCAGAAGGCCAUCUGAACGAAGUCGAAACUCAGCUCUACGAACGUCUCUAUGGGAAGCCAAUUAUCACGAGAAACGAGCCAGAAGGUCAGGAAGCAGAGAAAGAGCGGAACACGCUUUUACGAGAUGAUGGAAAGGGAGGUUUCGAAGAAGUGGAGUAUGAACAGAACGACGCAGAUGACUCUGAUAUCCCGGUGGUAUAUGAUAUGGAGAAUCCUCCGCUUGAAGAGGAGACGCCUGUGAUGAAGCGUGCAAGGGAGAUAGCUGAACAACUGGGGGGAGAGUUGAUGAUGGAGCAAGCUGCGCAAGAAGCGGACCCUGAUUCUUCCACACCCAGGUUCCAUCCCCUUACUGAGAUGGGGAAAUUUCGCACGGAUCCUAGUACCAUUUUCCUCCCGCGUGAAACAGUGACGGGGCCGAUCUCUGCCAUCCUGUCCAAUUACUCCAACAAACAUAUCUCGGAGGUUGCCCACCGGACUUUUGGUGGACGGCGCCUGCCUCAUUCUACCACGACACUCGCUCCAAGAUACCAGGUCCCGCAACUUCCCAUCCCUCUAAGUGCAUCACAACACCAUAUGGGAGAGAUGGAAGCCAAUACCUUCCUGGCCGUUCUGUACCCCGGAAUCUAUGCCUCUGUGAUGAGUGUGUUGGUAGAAGUGCGAAAGCGCCUAGGGACAGAUUGGAUUCGUCGGCUGAUAACUCAAGAGGGCGGGCCUCGAGUGCUGGACGCUGGUGGAGGAGGUGCUGGUAUCCUGGCGUGGAGGGAUGUUGUUCGUGCCGAAUAUGAGGUCAUGGUUCCAGAUCAUCCCAAGGAUGCUCCGAUCCCCAUGGGAAAGUCCACAGUGCUUGCAGGGUCGGAGGCCCUGCAACGUCGUGCGAGCAUUAUGCUCGAGAAUACGACCUUUCUCCCGCGACUCCCUGACUAUGUCCAUGUCCGAGACACGCCAACGCUGGAGGAUGAGAGGGCGCCUCCGAAACGGAAACAGUACGACGUCAUUAUUGCCCCUCACACCCUCCUUGAAAUCGAAGAAGACUACUUGCGGAAACAGCACGUCAAGAAUCUAUGGUCUAUGCUUGAUCCUGAAGGAGGUGUUCUCAUUCUUCUGGAGAAAGGACGUCAAAGGGGCUUCGAAGCCAUCGCAGGUGCUCGUGAGAUGCUUCUGGAACGGCAUAUCUCGAGCCCGGGCUCCACGGAAUAUGAAGGUAUUACCGAAUCUGGGGACAAUGGCUUUGUGGAGAAAGAGAAAGGAAUGAUUAUCGCCCCCUGCACUAAUCACCAGAAGUGCCCCAUGUACCCGUUUCCUGGACAGGCCAAGGGCCGCAGAGAUUACUGCCGCUUUGAACAACGGUACAUAAGACCCCAGUUCCUGCAACGCAUUAUUGGCGCCAAGGACCGUAAUCACGAGGAUGUGGAAUUCAGCUACAUUGCUGUCCAAAGGGGUGUCGAUCUACGGCAGACGCAGGGAAUUAUUCAAGGACCUAAGGCCACCGAAGCCGCUUUCGAAGGCUAUGAAGAUUACCCUCAGGAGACAGAUGGAAGCUCGACAGCAUCCGAAGCAACAGCCACAUCGUCGGAUGGUUCGUCAAGUCAGCCGGCUUCAGACGAUACACCUACCUUCAACACGUUGUCACUUCCCCGUGCUAUUCUGCCCCCUCUGAAACGGAAGGGUCAUGUCAUCUUCGAUUUCUGCACGCCGGAAGGCAAGAUCGAACGCUGGACUGUGCCUCGCUCCUUCAGCAAGCGGGCUUACCGCGAUGCACGCAAGGCAAGGUGGGGAGACCUGUGGGCACUUGGUGCGAAGACGCGAGUGCCUCGGAACUUGAAAGUUGGAAAACCCAAGGAGGAGGACAGCAAGAAGGAAAGACAGGAACGAAAAGCUGCUAGCAAGGUUCCUAAGAAGGAUGGAGAAGGCGAUGACCUCCCUUCUGUGCCAGAGGAGGAAGACACGUACAAUCCCGCCCUAAUCAGCGCUCUUGCCGAGCAGGCCGAGUCUAUCGAGAAGCGGAAGAAGGGCAAGACGGUCCCUAGCUGGAAGAAGCAGGCUGAUAAGAAACGAAUUAGGCAAGCCUCCAAGAAAGCUUCCGCUGAGAGCCUCGAGAAGGGCAGUGCUGGACUUCCGGAAACUGCUUAA